UUGUCUCCCAGAAAUUUGACUUUUAUUGUCAACUUAUCUACAAUCAUUGAUAGUCUCUACCAUGACUUUAUCGUAUAAAUUUUUCAUCCCACAACCCCACCCACGCCCACCUGAAACUCAAAACCACUAAAUUACUCCACUUUCUCUUUACAUGGAUGACCACCGAAACUCAACAACAAAAAACGCCAUUGGCCUCUGCCUCCUCCCACAAGAACUCAUCCAAAACAUCUUCCUCUCCCUCGUACUCCCCGAAAUCAUUCGCUUAAAACUCCUAAACAAAUCCUUCUCCAGAAUAAUCUCCGACAACACCUUCGUUCGCCAGUACAACAGUUUAUCCACCUCCACCACGUGGCUCUUCGUCUACAAAAAACGGUGGCUCCGCGACGCCGCUCUCCACUCCUUCACCGACCGGAGCUCCGACCGCUGGUUCCGCAUCCCCAUAUCGGAGCUUCUCAAACCAAUCCAAUUCCACGGCGAGGACCUCUACUUCCUCGCCGCUUCAAACAACGUCUUCCUCUUCGCCUCCAACACCGUUCGCGAAGUCGUCGCCGUUAACCUAAUCUCCGUCACCGUUAAGAAGAUCCCUCCCUCUCCGUUAGGUCCACGUGGCACCUCUUCCUGGAGACGCUCCGGGAUGAAGCUCGUCACCGACCCAACCGGUUCGGGCCAUUUCCGCUUCAUGUUCGCUGAGUUCGUUGACAACCGCCCCGUGUUGUUCGUGUACGAGUCCAGAACCGACACGUGGAGGUCAACGGAGGCUGAGGAAAAUACUAAUACUAAUGAGUUUUCGUUUUCGUUUUCGCCACGUGGCGCGGGUCACGUGUUUCUCAACGUGGUUCACGGGCCUAUGGAGAGCGUUCUGGUCGCGACGAUGCCAGAUGAGUGCGAUAAGUCCGUAGUUCUACGGCCGAGAUUCAACGUGGCUGGGGCUAAUGACGAUCUGACGGUUGGAUUUAGUUGGGGGAACGUGAUGGACAUGUUACACGUGUACGGUGAUGGGUACAUGAUGGUUGUGAAAUCGGAGGGUGGGAACACGAGGAACGUGAGGGUGUUGAAGAGGGUGGAGCUUUGGGGUUUGAGUUUAGACGGAAGAAAGUGGGAGUUUGUGUCUGCGGUUCCUGGUGUGAUUGAGAAGCCUUAUGCAGCAAUGAUGGGUUGCUUAGAAGAGAAAAACGGUGUCGUUAGGGCUGCGUUGGUGUCUAAUUGUGAAGGUGUUUGGGACAUGACGUGGCUCUCUUUUGAUACAAAGUGGAACCGGUGGACGUGGAUGCCUCUCCCUGAUUGCAAAAUGAAGGGUUGGAACAUGGCUGGUAUAAGCUUCUCCUCUGGACUCACCUUGCCAUGAUAUCAAACAUAAAUAAAAAUGUGGAACAUCCAACAUGUUAUGUUACUCUUUUUUUUUAGACUUGUUUUGGUUUGGUUUUUCUGUUUUCUUUUUUCCUUUUUCUUUUUUGCUUCCUUUCGGCAUGUCAAUUGUCCAUAAGCAUGUAUACUAGUCUAAAAGCUCAGGAUGGAAAGCUACGUAAAUAUGAUUAUAAUAGUGUAACUGAAUAAAUGAGUUUAUAUAUCAAAUCCGUUUAGUGGGUGAAA